AUGCCGAAACCAAAGACUGCGCCGCCGAUAGCGGCACCGAUACCGCCGACGCCGACGCCGAGCAAGAGCAGAAUGGCUCCAAAGUCCGAGUCGGAAUACGCAGCCAUUUCGGCCCAGUUCGACGCUGCGAAGAGCGCCAAGGCCGAGGAAGAUGCGUUGCGAGAUGUGGAGCGCGAGAAGGCUAGUGUGCUGGAGCGGCAGCGAGAGGCGCUCGAGUCAGCGCGCAAGGCGAGCUACGAGGCGCGCUGGCUGUGGACCGUGGGCGUCUGGGUCUGGAUGCUGUGCAUCCACGUCGUCGGCAUUGGCCUCUUCACUGGCGGCUUCCUGCUGGCGCGCCUCGUGCUGGACGACAAGUCGAGCUGCGACGCGCCGCCGACCCUGAACAGCACGACUGGACACGGCCUGGACAUCUUGGGCCCCUGGGCGGGCAAGGGCACGGUCGAGGGCGGCUGCUGGCACCCCAAGACGUUCGACCGCGCCGUCAUCGUGCUUAUCGACGCGCUGCGCUACGACUUCACGGUCCCUGUCGACGACAAUUCCGCCUUCCACAACGCCCUCCCCUUCAUGUACGACACGUCGCUCGCGUCGCCCAACAAUGCCUUCCUCAGGCCGUUCAUUGCGGACCCGCCCACGGCUACGAUGCAGCGGCUGAAGGGCCUGACCACGGGCACGUUGCCGACGUUCAUCGACCUGGGCAGCAGCUUUGCUGGCACGGCAAUCGAGGAGGACAACCUUCUGAUGCAGCUCCGGGAUGCUGGGAAACGCAUUGUGCACCUGGGGGACGACACCUGGGACUCGCUGUUUCCCGGCUACUUUGAGGCGAACCUGAGCAGGCCCUAUGACAGCUUCAACGUCCGGGAUCUGCACACUGUCGAUAAUGGGGUAAUUGAGCACAUCUUCCCCCUGAUGAGCGGAAAGGGCGACUGGGACGUUCUGAUUGGUCAUUGUCUCGGCGUCGACCACGCCGGCCAUCGAUACGGUCCGGAGCAUGUCGAAAUGACCAAGAAAUUGCGCCAGAUGGACACCUUCAUCCGGGACCUGGCGGCGACAAUGGACGAGAAGACGGUGCUGAUUGUGAUGGGAGAUCACGGCAUGGACGAAAAGGGCGACCACGGCGGCGAAAGCGACGACGAGGUCGAGGCGGCCUUGUGGAUGUACUCUCCCAAACCAGUGUUUGGCAGGACAGACCCCCAGUUUGUUACGCCCCCGGCCACCGCAAAGCUUCGCCCUGUCAACCAAAUUGAUCUUGUUCCUACGUUGGCCUUGUUGCUGGGCAUUCCUAUCCCAUUCAACAAUCUGGGGCGCCCUAUCGAGGAGGCCUUUGCCGGACCGACUGGCAAGGCUUGGAAUAAUCUGGCUGCUGCCGAAAGGACGACGGCGGCCGGUAUCCAACGCUACCAGGCCUCCUACUCGGCCGCUCGGGGUAUCCAACUGGCUUCGUUACCUGGCUCGCCCGCUGAUCUCUGGAACCAGGCUGAGGCGCUCGUGUCUGGCAGCAAGAAGCGCGACUGGGCUGCCGUCUAUUCUGCCUUUGCAGCGUACCAGCAAGAGAACCUGAAGCGGUUCAAGAGCCUGUGGGCAAGAUUUGACCUCACAAACAUGAUCCUCGGAAUUGCCAUUAUGGCCCUCGGUGUCAUCACCCUCCUUGUAUAUGUUGCUAGUGGUGGCGGCGACGAUACUGCUGUGGACGACCCGGAGCUAGAUCGCGCAGAAAAGAGCUUGCAGAUGCAGGGAAUCACGGCAGACGAACAGGUGUCAGCUAGCACUAGCAUCGACAAACGGAUUGUUACUGCUGCACUCGUCGGCGCCGUGCCCGUGUUUUUGGGCGGGGUGGUCCAGUCCCUGGUCUCGGGGGCUGGCGGCUGGUAUAGAGGUGCUGGGGUGGCAGCCUUAACAAGUAUUGUAGCAGUUCUGGUAGCUCUGUUCAGGGCCGAAGAGUCCGUCUUCAAGAUUAUGCCCAGAACAUUCUGGGGCUGGUUGGCCGUGGUUUUCACACUCAGCCAGUCCAUCGGCUUUGCCUCCAACUCGUACACGAUCUGGGAAGACUCAAUUCUCCUGUUCUUCGUCACGACAUUUGGCUUCGUCACGGCCCUGUCGGCGUUCAGGCUGCCGUCUCUCCCCGACCGUUAUCUGAGCAUCUAUCACUCCAUUCUCUUUGUCCUGCUCGGCCGUGUCGCGUCGUUCUCCAAACUUUGCCGCGAAGAGCAAAUGCCCUACUGCACCUCGACAUACUACGCGUCGGCAACGUCGUCGACUUCAGCACCGUGGCAGCUGGCGAUACCCUUUCUUAUCUUUUUCAUUCUGCCUACCAUCGUCAAGGCAUAUCUCACGCCUACACGAUCAUACGAAGGCCUGGCCCCGGUCUGGAUUGGCUAUGUGUUCCGCACAGGUCUCUUCUUGUCCGCAACAUACUGGGCACUCGACGCCGCAGAUAACGGAAACUGGGUUCAGGGCCUGCCAGAGAAGAUGUUUAGGAACAUCAGCGUCUACACUGCCCAGAUAGUCCUUGGUUUGGCCUUUGUGGCCGGGACGACGGCCUUCAUUUGGGCCCCGCCGUGCGUCUCCAUCGUCACUACGGCGCUGAAGCCCGGCAAAGCACAGGUCGUUGUUUUGGGACACGCCAACGCCCACGGUGCCCGCUAUCUAUUCCUUCCUCUGAAUUUCCUCGCCGCGUGCUUCCUGCUGUCCAAGCCCAUGGGGGGUGGUGCCCUAGGCAUAAUGAUGUGGCAGAUCCUUUCACUCCUUGAGAUCCUCGACCUCAAUUCCUUAACUACCUCGCCAAUCGGCCCCAUAAUACUCGCCCUCCUCGGCAACUUCCACUUCUUCAAGACGGGCCACCAGGCCACACUCAGCAGCAUCCAGUGGGACAGCGCCUUUAUCCCCCUCUUCAACCUCCGCUACCCUUGGAGCCCUGUUGUUGUCGCCCUCAACACCUUCGCCGGCCAGAUUCUCGCCACUGUCGCCGUCCCGCUUGUCGUGUUGUGGAAGGUCAACCCUGCCAGCAAAGGCGCCCUGGACCGCGUCAGCCGCGCGCUCGGCACCUUUGUCGCAUUUUUCGCCGUCGAGUCGCUGGCCACCAUGGCCUGGGCCGGCUGGCUGCGCCGCCACCUCAUGCUCUUCCGCGUCUUUAGCCCGCGGUUCAUGACGGCCGCUAUCGUGUUGCUCAUCGUCGACGUCGUCGGCAUCGCCGUCACGCUUACGGGCGUGCGGUGCAACACUCUCGCUAUAAGCGACGUGUUUGGGUGGGCUGAAUAA